GCGGUUUCCCUGGAGACCGGGCGGAAGCGGCCGGAGGCGGCCGGAAGCAGCGCGGCGGCGGCCCCGGCGACAUGGAGCAGCGGCGGGCGGGGCCCGCGGAGGAAGCGGGCGGCGACGAGGCGGCGGAGGCUGGGGAGGCGGGCUGCAGCCCCGCGGCGGCCGCGCCAGAGGAGCCCGGCGGCCUCGUGGUGCCCGAAGGAGGCCCUCCAGCCAGAGUCAUAGUUCACGUGGACCUGGAUUGCUUUUAUGCACAAGUAGAAAUGAUCUCCAACCCCGAACUGAAGGGCAAACCUUUAGGCGUUCAGCAGAAAUAUUUGGUAGUUACCUGCAACUAUGAAGCUAGGAAACUUGGAGUUAAGAAACUAAUGAAUGUCAGAGAUGCAAAAGAAAAAUGUCCACAGCUGGUAUUAGUUAAUGGAGAAGACUUGACUCGUUACAGAGAGAUGUCAUAUAAGGUUACAGAGUUGUUGGAAGAAUUUAGUCCAAUUGUUGAGAGACUUGGAUUUGAUGAAAAUUUUGUGGAUCUAACAGAAAUGGUUGAGAAGAGACUACAGCAACUUCAAAGUGAUGAACUUUCAGCACUGACUGUGUCAGGUCAUGUUUAUAAUAAUCAGUAUAUAAACCUGCAUGACAUCUUGCACAUCAGAUUACUUGUUGGAUCUCAGAUUGCAGCAGAGAUGCGGGAAGCCAUGAAUAAUCAACUGGGUCUCACUGGCUGUGCUGGAGUGGCUUCUAAUAAAUUAUUGGCAAAAUUAGUUUCUGGUGUUUUUAAACCAAAUCAACAAACAGUCUUACUACCUGAAAGUUCUCAAGUUCUCAUUCAGAGCUUGAACCAUGUAAAGGAAAUGCCUGGUAUUGGCUAUAAAACUGCCAAACGUCUUGAAGCUCUGGGUAUCAGUAGUGUGCAUGAUCUUCAAACCUUUUCAUCCAAAAUAUUAGAAAAAGAAUUAGGAAUUUCAGUUGCUCAGCGUAUCCAGAAGCUCAGUUUUGGAGAGGAUAACUCUCCUGUGACACCCUCAGGACCACCUCAGUCCUUUAGUGAAGAAGAUUCAUUUAAAAAGUGUUCAUCAGAAGUCGAAGUUAAAAAUAAGAUUGAAGAACUACUUGCCAGUCUCUUGAACAGAGUAUGCCAAGAUGGAAGGAAGCCACAUACAAUCAGAUUAAUAAUCCGUCAAUAUUCAUCUGAGAAUCACUGUAGCCGUGAGAGUCGUCAGUGCCCUAUUCCAUCACAUAUAAUUCAGAAGUUGGGAACAGGAAAUUGCGAUGUGAUAACCCCAAUGGUUGGUAUACUUAUGAAACUUUUCCGAAAUAUGGUAAAUGUGAAGAUGCCGUUUCAUCUUACUCUUUUAAGUGUGUGCCUCUGUAACCUUAAAGCACUAAAUACUUCUAAGAAAGGGACUAUUGAUUAUUAUUUGACACCAUCAUUAUCAACAACUUCACGGUCUGGCAAGCGCAGUUUUAAAAUGAAAGACAGUCAUAUGGAAGAUUUUCCCAAAGACAAAGAAACAAAUUGGGAUUUUCUACCAUCUGGAAGAAUUGAAAGUACAAGAACUGGGGAGGCUCCACGAGAUACUGCAGACAGUGAUGAAUUCCCACUCUGCUCACUUCCUGAAGGUAUUGACCAAGAAGUCUUUAAGGAGCUUCCAGUAGAUAUUCAAGAAGAAAUCCUUUCUGGAAAAUCUGGAGAAAAAGUUCAAGGCAAAGGAAGUUUGAAUUGUCCAUUACAUGCCUCUAGAGGAGUAUUAUCUUUCUUUUCUACAAAACAAAUGCAAGAUAGUCCCUUAAAUCCUAAAAAUCAUUUAUCCAAUAGUAAACAGAUAUCGUCUGUAUCUUCCUGUGAACCAGGAACAUCAGGUUUAAAUAGCAGUAAUUCCUCUUCUCCAUCUAGCCAAAAGAAUUAUUCACAUUAUAUAGACAGUAGAUUACAAGAUGAACGAAUGAGUCAAGGACCUAAAGAAUCUCAAGGAUUUCAUUUCUCAAAUACAAACCCUGCUGUAUCUAUUUUCCAUUCAUUUCCAAAUUUGCAGAGUGAGCAACUUUUCUCCAAGAACUGCUCUACAGAUAACCAUAAGGAACCAGUAGUGACAGUCUCUCAUCAUGAAGGACUUAAAGAAAAUAGAGAGCAAGAUUCUAGUGAUGAGAAAAUUACCUUUCCUUCUGACGUUGAUCCUGAAGUUUUCUAUGAACUACCAGAAGAGGUACAAAAAGAGCUGUUGGCAGACUGGAAGAGAGCAGGAUCAGAUUUCCACAAUGUACAUAAAUAAGCACGUUCAGAAAAAAGGUCUAAAAAGCAAAGGAAAGGCCAUUGUUCUCAGAUUUAGCAGUUUAUUAAGCGCCUCUAAAUUAAACACUAAUAGAGAUUCAAUAAUGUAGAAAUUCCAAUAUAAAAUGUUCCAGAUAAAAGCAAGUCUAGUUAUGGGAAGUAAAUUCUGACAAAGCAUAACAAUAUUCAUAACAGAAGAAAUAAUGUAAAAUUAUCUUAUUUCUAAAGCUGUUUUAUAUUGCUUUUCAAUAAAAAUAAUAUCAUGGUUAGUAUUAGUACAUUUCCCAUAAAUCGGGAGGGGUGGUGGGGGAAGACAUACAUCUGUGUGUAAAACAUAGACUAACAAAUCAUUGCUGUGACAUAGCAAAGAACAAUUUUUUUUUUUCUGUGAAAUAGGGAAUGGCUCAAGAAAUUCAGCCCGUUAGGAAACUUCCAGAUAAGAAAUUCUGCCAACUACUAAAAAUACAGAUAUCUAUGACUGAAGUAUUGUGUACCAUUUAAUAAUCUGAUUUAAAAAAAAAUACCAAAGCAAUGUAUAUGCAACUAAUGCUUCUGAGUAUACACCAGAAUCUGCUACAGUGACUAGUACAGAGGAGGCACUCAGUGAGUAUCGAAUGCAUGGUGUGGCAGGGGCCAGUGCAAAGUUGGGCAGGAGUGUGUAUGUUGUAGACAGUUAGAAGGAACUCUCCAUCCAGGAAAUUAAGGGAAGGAUGGACACCAGAAAGGCACUGUGAUAGGUUUUUCAGAAUGUAGGUAAUAGAAGAAGUCCAUUUCCUUUGGGCUGGUCUAUAAGGUUUUCAAAUAAUGAUUAGAUGUUUUUGCAUCUUCUUAUUUUUGGAGAUGAGAUUAAGGAUGUCAUACCCAAAUCAAAUGUAUACAAUCACUAAAUCGAUAGGUGUUCUCUUUUUCCCAAGUUUCUAGAACACAUCAAAGUAUACCUCAGCACUGAUUUAGAAGAGUCCUGUUCUCAGGUUUAUAACCUUGCAGAUAUAAUCUAGUUGCAGAUAUAAUCUAAAGAAAAGACAAUAAAAAUGAAGUAUACAAAUGUGAAUAAAUAGUAAUGUAAAGAUACCUUCUUUUAGGUAAGAAGUUUUAAUUUAGUUUUAGAUUUCUUGAAAUUUGAAAAUUCCCUAACCAAGGAUUUUUAACAGGGAGUUUGGGGUUAUCAAAAACAGUAAUUUGGAGCAAGAGCCUCAAGAGUUAUUUAUAUGCAAAUAUUUAGUACUCUGGGUCAAGGAUUAUGAAUUCUCUACAUGUUGCAUACUGGUAAGGUUGUUAAACUGAUAAAGUAUAUUACUUUAGAUAAUAUAUUUAAAUUUUUUUCUAAGAAUCCUUGUAUUAUUUCAGCUGAAAUUAUUAAACAGAAAGGUGUUUUUUUUUUUUUUAAAGGUUAAGAGUAAAACAAUUUUGGCCAGUUUAAAAAGAGAAAAGUGGAAGUGCAGUUUCUGAAAUGAGGAUGCAGAGGUAUUAUUACAGCCUUGUCACUCAUCCUGUGGCUUUAAAUUACCUUUUCAACAUCUUUGUGCCUUUGCAUUCUGACAGUUUACCUUUUAUUUCCAUCUCCUUUUAAUCGUAUUAUUUUCCUUUGGUAUUCCACAGAUUAACUAUAGUGUUUGGAGAUGUGAAUUUCCUUUUUUCCUAAGUAUAUAUACUGGCUUCCACUUUCUUUCAAUUCAUGUUAAUUCUUUAAGAUAUUUGACUACUGGUUCCUCAGAUACUGCUUUUCUGUUCUUCUAGGACUCUGCACAAAUGAUGGACUUUCUUAUUCCAUCCUUCACAUCCCUUAAUCACAUCAUUCUCGGCAUCUUGUUUAUCUGCUGCAUUUUGGUUAAUUUCAUCAGCUCUGCUCUUGUUCAUUAAUUUGUUUUUCAGCACUAUCCAAUCUACUGUUUAUUUUUUAUUUUUUAAAAGAUUUUAUGUAUUUAUUCAUGACAGACGCACAGAGAGAGAGAGAGAGGCAGAGACACAGGCAGAGGGAGAAGCAGGCUCCAUGCAGGGAGCCCAAUGUGGGACUCAAUCCUGGGAUUCCAGGAUCAGGCCCUGGGCUGAAGGCGGCACUAAACGGCUGGGCCACCAGGGCUAUCCCUGAUCUACUGUUUAAAAUCCUAAUGAUGCUUUUAAUAAUUAUAUUUUCAUUUCAUUUUUUUCUGAUCUUCCCAUUUAUUCAUUGUAGCCUCUUAUAAGUCUGUUUCUAAUUUUUAAAAACUCAUUCUGUUUUUGAUCAUUUUAAUAUUUUCAGUGUUUGUAAGUCUGUUUUUGGAUAUUGUUGUGUGCCAUUUUAGCCUGUUUCCUGGAGUGUGCUGCUGAGCUUAGUUUGUGGGAAGACAAAAGACCUAAUCUGUGCAUGCUUCCCUUCAGAUAUGAUUUGCAUCUGCUUCCAGUGAGUCAGUAUGAACUCAUUUGGUAUCACUGGAGCCCCUUGAAGGGUCCUUCCUGCAGGCAGUUGUCUUAGUUUGUCUUAUUUUCAGCUCCCCGACCUUGCUCCUGUCCCAAAGUUUUGUUUCCAGAGGUCAAUUGCAGGCUGCUGUCAGCAUUUGCGGUCAGGUGAACCCCGCCUUUCAAGUUUGCUUUUUGCCUGAUACCUUCCGAUGUUUUCCUGCUUGUUUCAGCUCAAUUUUUGCCCCUUUGAUUGUAGGGGAUUGGGACCUGGAGAUUUCCUUUGUAUAGUUCAACCAACAAUGAAUUAAAAAGUCUUUUUUUCUCCAGAAUCUAGUGUUUUGUAUUGGAGGAACUCUUUUUUUUAGAAUUUUAUUUAUUUAAUUGAGAAAGGGAGAGCACAAAGCAGGGGGAGCAGCAGAGGGAGAGGGAAAAGCAGACUCCUUGCUGAGCAGGGAGCCUGAUAUAGGACUCGAUUCCAGGACCCAGGAUCAUGACCUGAGCUGAAGGCAGAUGCUUAAUCCACUGAGUCACCCAGGGGCCCCACUAUUAGAGGAACUUUUUUUUUUCUUGGUUAUUUUAAACAAUUUUUAUAUGUACUUUUUUAUUGGAGUUCAAUUUGCCAACAUAUAGUAUAAACAAUUCAAUCAUGAAAUGGGCAAAAGACAUGAACAGAAAAGUCACCAAAGGAGACACACACAUGGCCAACAAGCACAUGAGAAAAUGCCCCGUAUCACUGGUCAUCAGGGACAUACAAAUCAAAAGCACCAUAAGAUCCCACCUCACCCCAGUGAGAAUGGGGGAAAUUAACAAGACAGGAAACCACAAAUGUUGGAGAGGAUGUGGAGAAAGGGGAACCCUCCUGCACUGUUGGUGGGAAUGUGAACUGAUGCAGCCACUCUGGAAAACUGUGUGGAGGUUCCUCAAAGAGUUAAAAAUAGACCUGCCCUACGACCCAGCAAUUGCCCUGCUGGGGAUUUACCCCAAAGAUACAGAUGCAGGGAAACGCCGGGACACCUGCACCCCUAUGUUUCUAGCAGCAAUGUCCACAAUAGCCAAACUGUGGGAGGAGCCUCGGUGUCCACCAACAGAUAAUGGAUAAAGAAGAUACAAUUGGAGGAACUCUUAAGAGUAUUUGUCCUACAAUAAUGCAAAAGUGCAAAUCUGGUGGGAUUCAUUUUUUCCAUAUUUUCUACUUUUUUCUCUUUUUCUAUGCUAUGCUUUUUCAUCCUUUUUUGGAUUACUUGAAUUUUCAAAAUAUAUUUUCCCUUGACUGAUUUAAAAUGUAAACAUUUUAAGUACUUCUGAUUACCCUUUUAAUAUGUGUGGGUGCUUGUUUGGCUGAGGUCAUGAUAUCCGGGUCCUAGGAUCAAGCCAGCAUUGGCUCCCUGCUCAGUAGGGAGUCUGCUUCUCCCUCUGCCCCUCCCUCUGCCCCUUUCUCGGCGCCUGUGCAUGUGCUCUCUCUCUGAAAUAAAAUCUUCAAAAAAAAAUUUAACAUGCCUAACAUCCAAAAAUAGCAAACAUAUGUGCUUUCUUUCUAAACAACAUAAAGAUGUUAAAAUAUGUUAAUUUUAAUCAAUUCCUCUACUUCAUUAGCUUCCAAAUUGGAUAUUAUUGGUAUUUUAUAGAGUUAAUGUUUAGGUUUGCACACAGGAUUAUCUUUUUCUUUUUUUAAAUUGCAUCUCAGGCAUUCAUUCCUUCAAAGUAGAAUUCACUUUCUAAAAUUGUGUCUUUAAAACUGGAUUUUGAACUGAUUUCUUUGGGCUGGGCUGUUUUGAGAGGUUCACUUUUAUCUUUGGAGAUCUGCAGUUCUUAUAUGUCUAGCUACAGAUUUCUUAUGUUUGGGAUUUAGUUGCUUUCUGAAUCUGCAGAUUUAUGUCUUCAUCAAAUCUGGAUUAAUUUCAAUAUUUAAAAACAUUUUAUCGUGAAAUUUAUAUACAGAAAAGUGCAUACGUAAGUUAAUGGGUAAUUAUAAGCAACAACUGUUUAACUUGGUCGAGAAAUAAAACAUAUCAAGUGAUCAGGAA